AUGUUAGAUCUUAAUUUGAACUAUGAUUUGACUCAGAAUGAUGAUGAUUCAAUCAUGCUACUGGAAAAAAUUCCAGAAGCUUCUUCCGGUACUUCGAAUUCGUCAAUCGUGAAUGCGGAGGGGUCGAGUAAUAUCACCGGAGAUGAAGACUCGUGUUCAACACGCGCCGGCGAUGUUUUCACCUUCAAAUUCGGUAUACUUAAGGUGGAAAAAGGAAACGAAGCUGUUGCGACGAAAGAGCUUUUUCCGGUGAGUACGGGGAACUGGCCGCAGGGAGAGGCUUCGCCGAUGGUGAUUCCGGCGAGGAAGAGCGUGAUGGAUCUUUCACUUGAUCGUCAUCUUGGAGGUGAAAAUGGAGUUGCUCUGGUUCCGCAACGGCCUCAGGUGAAGAAGAGUAGGAGAGGACCAAGGUCUCGAAGCUCUCAGUACAGAGGAGUCACGUUCUACAGAAGAACUGGAAGAUGGGAAUCGCAUAUCUGGGAUUGUGGGAAGCAAGUUUAUUUGGGUGGAUUUGACACUGCUCAUGCUGCUGCUAGAGCUUAUGAUCGAGCUGCUAUAAAGUUCAGGGGACUUGAUGCUGACAUUAAUUUCAAUCUAGUUGAGUAUGAAGAAGAUAUGAAUCAGAUGAAGAAUCUUUCAAAGGAGGAAUUUGUGCACAUACUGCGUCGCCACAGUAAUGGUUUUUCAAGGGGGAGUUCAAAAUACAGAGGAGUAACACUUCACAAAUGUGGUCGUUGGGAAGCUCGAAUGGGACAACUCCUUGGAAAAAAGUAUGUAUAUCUUGGGCUAUUCGACAGCGAAGUAGAAGCUGCAAGGGCUUAUGACAAGGCAGCUAUCAAGUGUAAUGGGAGAGAGGCUGUGACAAACUUUGAGCCAAGUACAUAUGAAAGUGAGAUCAAACCUAUCAAUGAAGGUGGCAGUCACAAUCUUGACCUCAAUUUAGGCAUAGCAACUCCAGGACAUGAACCCAAAGAAAACCGAGGGUAUCGUCAGUUUCAGACCGCCCCUUACAACCUGCAUUCAGGAAGGAAUUUGAAGAUGGAGACUAAUGCUAAUUCAGUUAUUGGUGACCCGUCUUUGAAAAAGCUGGUUGUAACUGAACAGCGUCCUUCCAUGUGGAAUGCCACGUAUUCUAGUUUCUUUCCCAAUGGGGAAAGAGCAGAGAGAAUUGGCAUUGAUCCUUCAAAAGGACCUCCUUACUGGGCAUGGCAAGCAAAUAGUCAGGGGACUGCUUCCCCAGUACCACAAUUCUCUACUGCAGCAUCAUCAGGAUUCUCUAUUUCAGCUACCUUUCCAUCAAAUUCCAUCUUUCAAACACAACCUAUGAACUCAAUUCCACUCCGUUUCACUCCGUCCAACGCAUCUGGUAGCAAUGCAUCUCAAUAUUAUUAUCAGGUGAAGUCCUCCCAGGCACCACCGUAG